UAUCAAGUCAGGCCUUACCAACAGCGCUGCCUGUAAUCCUCUUCAUCUUGCAGUCGCUUGCUCUGUGAUCCAUUAGUUCAAGGCUCUCCCUUCCGCCGAAAACAUGUUUCCGGUUUCCGAUAAGGAGUUCGAUUUCGAUGUGUUUGUUGGCACAGUCUCUGACCAGUUUGCCUUCACGGCCUUCUACUUCUUAUGCUUGUGAUGCACACUGACGGGUCCGCUCGAGCGGAUCCGAGAACGCUGAUGCAGGAAGACAUGACGAUGAGGUCAUUCAGCUAAUCUGAAGCAACGAGGGAACGUUCGGUCGAUCGCUCGAGAGAAAACAUGUACUACAAUGGAUCUCAGCAUUGACAGAGUAUCGAAGAUCGUCC